AGAGUCAGACGCUGGCAGCAGGACGCGGCGCCGCCUGUACGUCAACAAACAGGUAGAAGGAGUUGAGGAUGGAGGAAUAUGAGCAGAAGAUAAACUCGGGCAAUGUCUUCCUACAAAGUCAGGCAAUUACAAAGCUGCAUACGAAAGCGGUGGAAACUCACAAAGAUGCAACGUCUAUGUAUGAGUCAGAAGAGGUGAAGUGCCUGUGGCAGACAGCCAACAAAGGGGAUGUCACAGAGGCCACCUUGGCUAUCGAGACAUUGGUGUCGCUGGUGAAGGCUGGACUGCUGCCUGUCCCGGCCACCUUGCAAAACUUCCUGGCAGAUGUUACUUGUGCUAAGUCUCCAAGUGCAGUUGUACAAGGUAUAACAGAGAUUGUGCUGUUGUCACAAGUGGAGGUUGAUGGACAGCUACAAACCCCUUUCACGGGUCCUCCUACCGGGCCAGUCCAUCCCUUUGUGACCUUAAUCACCAAGCGUUCAGAUCUGAUUCCUACUGUGCUGGAGGAAGUGGCUAACAUGUUGAGGCAUCCAGACCCAAAUGUGAGGGCUUCAAGUAUUUGUCAUGUGCGCCCACUACUGCUACACACUUUCUGCCUCACGGAGAUGACUCUGGGCAUCGCAAGACCACUGCUUGCACUCAUUGUCAGCUCACACAUCACCCACGCUGGGAUGGAUUUAGUCCCUCUUCUGUGUCGAAUUGUUACUCUUAUUAAGGACAGUACCAAAGACCAUGUGGAGAGGAAGGUGAUGGUAUUGACGGCCCUGGCAGAGAUAGCAGUAGGGGAAAAGUUGACCAGACUACAGUCUGCACUUCUUCCUUGCCUAGUGAUGGCUGUUCCCCCAGCCAUGAAACAGGGAUUAGGGACGAGGACAUUGGAACGCUAUAUCAAUGUUUUGGCCUCUCGCCUUGGACGCGGUUGUGACGUAACCGUGUGUGCUCUCGCUGAGGCUCUCCCACAGACAUCUGGUCAACUGCAAGUCAAUUUGCUCAAGUUGGGUGCAACGCUGCUGUCUUAUAAGGAUGGGAACCCUCUCGUAGGUGCAAGGCUUCUACCGUCCCUCCUGCAGGUGUUGUCAGCCCCGUGCACCUCAGUCCCUGGCCUCACCACCGCUGCCGCUGCUUUGGUCUCUCUUGUACAAGCUACACCUGCUCAAGCAUCUUCUAAUACCCAACUGGCAGGCAAUGAACACUGGGAAACGCUCUCUUGUACAUUCUCAAGUCUGGUCUCUUACCUUCCUGCCCUCGAGUUUUCUGACCGCCUAGUGCGAGACCCACAGUUAGCCUCCGAUUGGUUGACAAAGCUAGCAUCAUCGACAAAUCAGAUCUCGAGUUUUUACCACACCAUUGUCACGUCCGUGUUCCUGUACCAAGGCUCGACGACUCAGUCUGUCCAGCAGGCAACAAAGGUCCUGGAGCGUGAAGUGAUGAAGAAGAAGGUGCUGUCUCUCGAGGUGUUCCCCAUAGUGUUGUACCGCCUGGGCCGUGAGACCGACCCAACGACGCGCCUCACUAUCCUCUACACUCUCCCUUCUCUCGCUGUUAAUAAGCUGUGUGUAGCUUUGGUGCUGAAGACUCUCCUCGCCUUCUGGUCGUCUGGGUCACUACGGCCACUCGUGCUGCGUCUCAUGUAUGACCUGUGGACGGUGGAGCCGAGGACCUAUUCCUACCUCUCCCAGCUCAUCCACGACAAGUCCAUAAAUACUAACGAGAUUCAGAUUGCCCGUACUUAUGUGGUGUCCAGCGUGUGUAGAUCAAAGCCUUCUCAACACGGCGAGGAACUUUUGCCUCUCCUCUCUGGUUUCUUGAAUGAUUGUCGGGAACAAGACGGAACAGCACAGACUCUCAUAGCCCUCGAUGGUAUUUAUGAUUUAUGUACCAACCAGAUUAUAGAUCUCCGCACAACCUGGCGUGUUAUUGCCCCCAAGUUGGUCCGAGAUAAGAGACCCGGGGUGACGGAGAAGCUGUGUUCGCUACUUGGAUUGGUUCCGGUGCUCCACGUGACCAGUACCGAGUAUGAGAAGUUCACCUCAGACGCCCUCACCAUUCUCUGGAACUGGGUUGCCGCAAACCGGUCUCUUUCAAUAGUAAAAGCUGCAUAUAAGUCAUUAGAAAAAUUCCAGUAUGAUAGUUACACCCUCAAGAUGCUUCCCCAGUAUGCAAGGGAAGGUCAUCAUUUACCAGCUAGCAUGGCAGCCACACCUUUUGAGGCUGCCCGUAAGCCUGAGGACGUGUUGAAGUACGUGCCUGGUGUAGGAUGGGUCAAGUUAAUAAAAGGCUGCCCGGAGUCUCAUCUGGAAUUCGUUGAGAGCUUCGUCAACUCACUUGUUUCACGAGAAGUUGCUGCACUUCCCAAAAGUAUAUACCUAACAGCUGUUCAGGAAGCCAAACGCAGAGGAAUCAAAGGUAGUGGUGGUGGUCAACCUGAAUCACAAUCCUACAAUUUUUUCAAAGAUAUGUCAACUCUGAGGGCUUUGGUAAACUUCCUUUCGGAAUUUCCCAAACUGAUGGAGCGUUGUGAAGAUGCCCAGGUAAAGCAGAGGUUACUCAGGAGCUCAGUGUUGAUGCUUGAAGCACUUGGUCAGUCUUUACCUCGACCAUAUCCUGCCUUGGAUUGGUCUUUUCUGGAGAAGGUACUGACGAUAGCUCAGGCAACCUGCAAUUAUGAUUGGAUUACAAGAAUAAGACACAGUAUGUUCCAAAUUACAGCUCGUCAGUGUAAUAAGUCUGGCUCAGCUGUUGCCAUAAUAAGCAAAUGGCUGGUGCCUGCACCGUCUACUGGUUUAACCCGAGAAGAUGAAAUUGUACUGUUCAAGCUGCUGGAUCAUCUUGGUCGUGGGUUGCCACCUACAGUCUUGCAGCCAUUCUUGGCUUAUGUUUUUAAUCAACAUUUAUCAGACACAAUGCACAUGAAGGCACUCCUUGAGGCUUUAAAGCCUAACCUUACUGCUGACUUUAUCUUUGAUACCAACAGAAAUGCUCUGAGUAAUGCAGUAGAGAAUCUGAAUGAACACAUAGACCCAACAAAUGAAAUUUUGUACAAGGCAUACAAGGCGUGCGUGGCCGACCUUCCUCAGAAGCACAUUGAGCGUCUCACCUCACCGUCUCUCUGGUGGGAGGUCACCGAUGAGCGACUGUACCGAGCUGCUGUGUUGCGGUGUCAUGUGGCAGAAAAAGACCCAGAGGAGUUGGCUUUGCCUUGGUUAAAUGAUCUGGUGGACUCUGCUGCAUCCCUACCCGGCGACCGUUCUCAUCUGCUGCGGGUGAUGUCGGAUACGUUGGUCGUCCGGUGUCGAGUGAAGGAGAGCACCACCUGGUUCCUGCAACUCCUCGGUAGACUUAGAGAUAAUCUGAAGAAGAAGCCCGGAGAUAAUCUAGUGGCAGCCCACGAACAGCAACAAAAAGUAACCUUCUACUUGGAUUUGGUAGUGAUGGGACUUGUCGUCUGGUCAGAUCUGUGGGCGACCAAUCACAUGGAAGUCCUGGCCGAGUCUCCUGCACUCCGAGACCGUCUCCUACUGCCUUCCAUAGUCACUCUGUCCGGUCAGCCUCAGUGGAAGCAAACCCUCAAUCAACUACUUAACUGGCUUGCAUCGUGCCACUCUCUCAUGGGUGAUAACGUCUCUUCCCGUUACCAUCUAGGUUCACCCACCCUCCUCCUGGCCACCCUCAAUCCUAGCCUCACUCAGGUUAUGUGGAACAAGGUCAUUGCUUUACUUAUUUAAACGCUAUAGUCUGUCAAGUGAUAUUAUCUUCAGUAUAUAACUCUUCCCUACAGAUUAAGGUGGAUACAGAUUUAUUCCCAAUACCUCUGAACUAUGAACAUGAUAUCCUAAGAACAAAUUGAACUAGUCUCUCAACCAUGGGAUCAGUGCUACCAUGUAUGGAGCUCUUAUACAUAUUUGACAAUCUGCAUUUCAUAACAUUUUUUUGGGGGGGUUUAUGGCUACUUUUGUUUCCUACUGCAGUCUGCUCAUUUUCCCUAGUUUUCACUCUUGUUCUUUCAUUGUUAUAUGUACUGCAGACACUUGUAUUAUUUGUUUUGCUUUCCUCUAUUUUAUCUACUUUGUUUAAUUCAUCUUUUGCAUCAUGAAGGUUAUUUACAGCAGAAUGUUUUGUGGUGGAAUUUAUCACAGCACAAUGUUCACUAUUAUGGAAUUUUGUCCUUCACUCUGCUCUUUAUACUUCAGAAAAACCCAGUGAUUCUGUUCCUUUAUUCUCCGUAGAUCGUCCACCAUGGCAAGCCUUUUUUAGAAAAUAUCUCGAACUCUUGACUGCUCUCGUGGCUAUUGCAUAUUCAUAUUUGAUGCUGAAUGAUAAAAAAGAUUCACACUUAUUUUUGGUAAACCCUCAAUUUCCAUGGUCUGUAUAUUCCAGUUCCAAGCCGUCCACUUCACUAUGCUACGGAUGAUGCCAGAGUCUUGGACAAAAAAUUCGUAAAAAAUUCAGAUUAUUUUAUAUUCUCCGAGUGAUUCUUUAUACAGUACCUCAAUUAAUCUCAGAAAAAAAGAGCAAACAUUUCAUAACGUAGAAAUUACAAAAUACGGUACAGUAAUAAAUUGAACAGGGAACCGCGUCUAUAUUCAUCACGGUAAACUCAUCCAUUGUGGGCUUCAUCGUCAGUUUAUGUCAUUAGAUUCAUCUUACACCUGCCAGAAUCACUAUUAAUGUUGGUUACAGUGGCUGGUUACUCCUCAAGUUAAGACACCCACACCUGCCUCAAGUACACAUAGAGAGAGGAAGGGAAGUACCCACACUGUUGGUACUAGAGAAUAGGUGAGUGUUAAUUAUCUAGUGUAUUGUAGUGGUAUAAAUUAUUUUAUUUAGUACAUUGUAAGGUUAGGUUAUUUAUUUGUACAAUUUAGUGAUGGUAGAAAUUCAGAGGCCCCAUGACAUUCUAAUUUUUCCAGUCGGUUUUAAAGUUUGGUGGAAUUCGAUAUUGAGGAAAUUUUUCAAGAACAUUUAUAACCCUUGUGGAAACUGAGGGUAUACUGUAUAAUGGACCCCUGAUAUAACAUGACUUAAUGAAGCGUGAAAGUUAUUCGUUCCUCUCUCAUGUUUUAAGAGGUCGAGCGUGUAUAUGUUAUGUUGAAAUGAGAGCAUCAUAUUUGCUGUUUAUUCUUUGUAUGAUAUGUAUAUGGUAUAUUAUUACUAUUAGUUAUUAAGAGUAAUGUAUAAGAUUUCUACUUGUUGCAUUGUACUAAAAAUAAUGUACAGUAUUUACCAUUGCUGAUUAUAUAUGCACACACUGUAAUAUGGUAUUUUUAUUGGUACAGUAUAUAUUUUUUAUUUAUUUAUUUAUUUUUUUGUAAACGGAAGUAAAUUUGAAUUGGGGUUGUUAUUUAAAGAGGUCUGAUUGAAACUGAAAUGCCAAUCAUGAUGAAAAUUUUAAGAUGUAUAUUGAACUGUGAUAAUUGUAGGUGUUGAACGUUACCAAGUGCUAUGAGAUCCGUCACAGCAGGAUAAUAGGGGGUCGGUAGAUGGUGGCUACAGUGUUUAGUGUGUGGUUAAUCAAAUCAAUAAUCUGGUGCAGAGGAUUCUUCUCCGAGGAACAGUAUAACGAAACACAAAGGUUAAAAGUUAUAGUACUGUACACAGAUUAUUUUUGUAUUUACAUAUUUUGUAUUAUUUUUUGCAUCUUUUUUAUUUUCAAUGAUGAAUUUAAAUACCAGAAUACCACAAGGGUAAUAUUUACUGUAUAUCAUGAGAUCAUAAUUAUAUUUGAUGAGAUUUAUUAGGACAUUUCUCAAGGGGAAGAGCUUCAACGUAGGGCCCAUAAAGAGAAGACUGCUCUGUGCUGACUGUCAACGGAUUAUGUUACCAGUGUGAGUCUUGCUGUGGGUGGUUAUCUAGCAUCAUGGAGUUCACUGUCAAGAUUACACUCUGCACAAAAGAUUAAUAAUGAUGAAACUGCA